GAAAGUUAAAAAAAAAGUUAAAUACAAACUGAAGAACACUGGAAAUCUUUGAUACAUAAUGAGCUGCUGUUUGUUAGCAUGUGCAUUUGUAAUUAGCUAGUGUGCAUCUGGUCACAACACGGCAGAUGGAAAGCGUUCAAAGCGGACUCAUAUCAAAGGCCUGUGGGUCUUUGUAGCACAGUGUCUGCAACAGGUGACAUUUGAGACUGAGAACCAUUUAUAACUUUGAACGCUCCCUGCAGGAAGAACCUCCCUGUCAACCCAGCAGGACUGGAGGCAACUGAGGAGAAAGAGGGACAGAGCGAGCAGAUGAAAGUCAGUGUGAGCUGAAGUCCACUGCAAUCAUGAGGACCGAACUCUAAAUUAAACCUGGCGAAGGAUAAGAUGAAUCAAGGGCGUAAAAUCGAUGUUUCUCUCUGCAAAAUUCCUGAAAACGAUCAAGAUGAGGCGCUUUGUUCAUGUUCAUUAAAGAUGAAAAGGUAAAGAGGCGCUCAGGAGUAAGCUCAGGUGAGUCAUGUUUUUUUAAUGUUUAUAUUUAGUUUUAAAUGACUAGGAUCUACACUGUCUCAUUAUAAAUAAUAUUUGUUAUGCUGUGUCUUAACUUUCUGGUUUUAAAAAGUUUUCUUUUUAACGUUUGAAUGGGAAGAAAGACAAAUUAAGACGUUAUUCAUUAAAGCUCCAUUAAGAAGUUUUUUAAUAUUUGUGAAACAGACAAAAUUUCAUAUUGUUGCCUUUGUAUGAUGCAUAAAAUCAGGCAAGACAACCUGCAACAAAAUGUACAUCUUUGAAAUUGUGAUUUUUAAUCGACUGAAUCUGGUGUAAAGGGGUAGGCGUCACUUAACCAGCCCUGGUUUUAUAAUAUCCAUGAAAAAAAUGUUCUUUUUAUGAUAUAUUUGACUGUCUAAAGUCAGUAGGAUGAGAUGUUUUUGUGAGAAGCACUACUCAAGAAAAAAGCAAAGAUUCCUUUGACCACAGGGGGCGCCAGUUGGACACACUAGAAGUUCCUCAUGGGAGCUUUAAGUCGCCUUUUUGAGGAAUAAUCACAGAGUAUAUCAAUAAUGACUAUAUCGAAUGUAUCGUUAUGUUUCUAUUUAGAGUAGGUUUUCGAGAUAAUAGCAUGUAGAUUGCAGGUUGAAGCUGAUUGCUGUUCGAAGUGAACAGCUGUACCAAGAACACUCAGAUUUUUCUUCUCCUUCCAGGCAAUGGAGGACCCCCUGUCCGACAGCAGACGCCUCAUCAGCGCAGCAGCCUCUGGGAAGCUUCGCCUGGUCCGCCUGCUGGUGGAAGGAGGGGCCCAGGUCAACGGACGCAACCCCGAGGGAGAGACAGCUUUACUGGCCGCCUGUAAGGCCCUAAGAGGUCCAGAGACAGUGAAACUUCUCACAUUCCUGCUCAAGAACAAGGUCAGUUUGCAGUGAGUAAUAUCUACUUAUUUCAACCCUGAAUACAUGAAAGUUUCUGAACUCUUAAGGUCAACAGCGUAUUGAUCUGGAUGGAUCUGUAAUGCAUAAUAAAUGCACUUAGAAGAGUAUGUGGUACUUUCGAUGCAUGGUAAACAGUUUUCAGAUUUUUACUGCGUUCCCAGAUCUUAAGUGCUUUGGAGCAAUUUACUGCUGCAAAACACACACAGUGUAGUCUAAGGGCGAAGAUAAUUAUUGAUUACAUGGAGGCCUGUGUAGCAGAGACGGUCUCAUAAAGUCUAUUCUCACCAAAGGACACAAAAGCAACAACAGCAGAGCAGAUCUCAUUAAAGAGGAAUAAUUGUGUUUCAUCCUGGGACCUACUUUUGUUUUAUCUACUGAAAGUGUAAAUGAGAAUAAGCUCAAAACAUUAAGGACCUUUUUAACCAGCUUCCAGACCAGAGCUAAAAUAGUUAUGAUGGUAUUUUAUGGGGCAACUUUUGUCAAACUAGAGCUUCUUUCACUUGUACUUGGAUUUCAUAUUUGGGACCAAGACCUGUAUCUGAAUACACUGAACCCCAAAGUCUGUGUGAACAGUAUCAGACUGUAGCCAGGCAGCAUGCCAGGGUCCACCUGAGUGGGUUUUCUUAGGUCUUGGCUAUACCCUUUAAAACAUCUAUAGUAGCAGCAUGGACUCUAUCGUCUGCGUAGAACAUGAGUGAAUGUCACUCAGUGGCAGGUGCCAGUGGUUGCCCCGGUGAAUUCUCGUUUUUUCUUGGUGGAUUUGCAAACCAACUGUGAACACACAACAAUCGGGCUUUAUGUGAAACUGCUAACUGCCCCAAAGGAUAACAUUGUUGACAUGACAGUUUUACACCAGCCACUGGCUAAAAACAUCAUGGAAUAAAUCCUCCAAAUGCUGUAGCUAGAAUACAGAUUUAAUGUGAACAACUGGUAAAUACGGGUGAGGAAGUAAAGUCAGUAAAAGGUUUGACAUGCCUGUCUGUAGUUGCCCCUCAGGAUUUGAUCUGAUGUACAUGCAGCAGUAAAUGACUGUAGGUCCCUGGUUGUCUCUGGUGACCGUCUCCCAUCCUCUUCUGGCGGAUCAGGCCGAUCCAAACGCACAAGACCAAGCCGGACGCACUGCUCUGAUGUACACCUGCAUGGAGCGAGCAGGAGAACAGGUGGCGUCCACCCUGCUAGCCGCAGGGGCUGACCCCAGCAUGGAGGAUCGGUUUGGAGCAUCAGCGCUGGUGUACGCCAUCAACGCACAGCACCAACCCACACUGAAGGUCAGUCAGGAGCAAAAUGAUCGAUGCGAGGCAGUUUGAAUACAUAAGAAGACGGAUCAAUAACAGGUUUUCCUUUAUCUAAUCAUGUUUAGCAUAUAUGCAAUAUUUAGCAAUUAUGGCUAUAGUGAUUUACUCUGGACAUAGUAGGGAAGAAUUUAAAUGUUAUUGCAUAUUCAAUGUCAGAAUUUUUCGACUAAUUCCAAAGAAGUAACUUAAUUUUUCAUUAGAAAGUUGUGUUUUAAAGGUUCGCACAUGUAGGAAAGAAACACAACAUCUCUCACAUCCAAUCAGAACCUGCACUCCUGAAUCAGCUCUCUGUAUUUUAGGUGUUGAUGGAUGCCUGUCAGGCCAGGGGUUGCGACAUCAUCAUCAUCGCCACGGAGACAGAUGUUAACGGAGGCCCGGUGACCAGGCGUUACUUGAAUGUUCCUCCAUCUCCGCGCACAUCUCCAGUGUCCUGCAUGUCCCCGUCUGAUAUCGUCCUCAAGACGAGCUCGCCUAAUUCACCUGAGGGAGAAAACAUCUUCAACUUCAGAGGACCUGGUGAGGAAAUGACGAGUUUGAGCUGAAGUUACGGAUUCUAUUUUUCAACCUCCUCAUUUUCCAUCACCUAAAAAUACGAACUUUUAAAAUUCAGUUUGUAUGAUAAUACUUGAACCCAAACUUCUUGGCUGUUUACCUCAUGAAAUAAAGAUCUGUGUCAUCCACACUGCUCUGUGUUCAGACACUGUGCCCAACCUAGAUCCAGCAGAGCAGUGUUGGCAAGUCCAGACAGAUGACAACAAAAUUCCUGCCGGCUGAAAUCAUUAGCUGUGUGCUCAUUCCUGAGGAGAAAAGAUGAAAAUGUGUCAGACUGAGGUUAGAUGAAGCUCGCUUAAGUGUUUCAUUAUGUGGACUGAAGUAACUUUUCCUCCUCUGAACAGGAUCUUGCUGCUCAUUUAGACGGCUGAAGUAAAGUCUUAGAACAAGGUCAGAGCCGAGAUAGAAGAGAGCUACCUGCCUGUUUAUCUCACAUAGUAAUACAAAACGUGAAUUGGUUCUAAGAUGAGGAAGCUAGUGUUGGAAGAUACUGAUCUUAAUUAGCUCAACAACACCUGGGAAAGUUGGGAAAGAUUGGGGAUCCCCUGAUUUUUUCUAAGACUUUUGUUUUGUGUGAGAUGGUAGUUGUAAUAUUCAGAGAUGACUCUUUACGGUAUCAUCAGGAUAAACUUCUAAUUCCUCCAAUACUUGGUCAUUGGAACUACAGUAGAUGUAUGUCAGCACAGCCCCUGUAAAAUACCAGAAAUAUUAGCUGGUGCAUCAACUGGUUAAGUUUUUACAUUAGCUUUAAGUCAGAGCUGGUAUUUCCAGUGUAGGGACAAGCAUCUUUAGGCUCCAUAACCCUGCUUUUGAAACCAUUUGAUCUAACCCUAGAUCACAUGAAGACAUGAUUAGAAAAGUCUCAUUACUCCUGUUCUCUUAAAGGUAUAUUCCGGCGUAAAAUUAAGGGUCAAACGCAACAUAACACUGAGAGAUGAAUUUUGCCAACCGCUUGCUUCUCUAGUUAUACCAACUAUAGUAACGGCCGCAGAUAGCCAUACAGAGAGCCACACGCUCAACCAAAACGCCACUCUAUAGCCACAAAUAAUGCUCAGAACAGCAUCUAACUUCAUCAACAGUACAUAUAGAGUCCCAGCCAAAGUACUAGCCACCAAAAAUCUUUUUAAGGAAAGAGACUAAACACAACUCACCGUCUCUCUUCCAGCAGCCACAUGUUUGUAUGGAGACCUGCGGGCGAGUCCUUCAUGGACUGCAGCGGGGUGACGCAGCUUAAGGAAGACCAUCUAUGAUGGAAAUGCAAUCAGACCGAGACACUAAGGCAGAAGAACUACCAUGUCUGUGGUGCAAAUGAUUAAUAUGAUGAUUUUUACUUCAAGGAAAUGAUCAUAAAUGUUCUUCCUUGAGCUGUGUCACCCCGCUGUAGUAUGUAAUGGAUUGACCUGAGAUCUCAUUACAAACAAGCGGCUGCUGGAAGAGAGUAGGUGAGUUGUAUUUAGCCUCUUUGCUAAAGAAAUUAGGCAAAGUUAAUAAGAUGUUUGGUGGCUAGUGCUGUGGCUAGGACCCUAUAUGUACUGUUGGUGACGUUAGGUGCUGUUCUGAGCAUUAUUUGUGGCUAUAGAGUGGCGUUUUGGUUGAGUGCAUCUCUCCUCAGACCACUGUGUAUUGCUAUCAUUCGGUCGUUACUAAAGUUGGUAUAACUAGAGAAGCAAGCGGUCGUCAACAUUCAUCUCCCGUGAGGGGGUGUCUAACUCAGUGUUACAGUGUGUUUGACCCUAAAUUAAUGUUACACCGGAAUAUCCCUUUAACUAAUCUAUCCUAUACUAAACUGACUUUUCUAUUUACUUCCCUCAUGCCAACAAGGAGGCAGCAUCAGCAUCAGGAGAGCACCCUCCUGUGAGCCGAGUCCACGGAACCAGAGCAGCCCUCCUGCAUCCAGACACAGAGUCUUAUCCGAACCUUGGCUGACCAUUCACAAGCAGGCUUAUGAGGAGGAGAUGAGGACGGAUGGGGACCAGGUGGAGCUCGAGGAUUCAAAUUUUCAUCAGGUCUGGAUAAAGAAGUGUAAACAAGGUGUGAGUUAUAACAGCUGGCCACAUGAUUUUUCUCUGAGGGGUUCACAGUCGCUCCUCUCCCUCACAGAGUUGAACCCCUCUCAAGAAAUCUCAAGAGGACUCCCACCAGAGGGAGGAGGCACAACAUUCGACACCUACACAAGCUCUGUUGAUCAACUUCCUUCUUGUUCGGUCCGUAGAAACACCCUCCCCUCCCUCAUGGUGGUCCCUCCUCUGCCUCACCUCCCUGCGUUAGUCAACCAAUCAGACCCCCACCUCCAGGUUCCACCUUCCAAAAGCAGGAGCCUGCUCUACCUGCCGCACCCGCCCAGCUCCUCUCCACCCUCCUCCUCUUCAUUUAGGGCCUCCGUGAGACCUGGGUUCCUCCCUCCGCUGCAGCUGUCCUCCUCAGUCACCUCCCUGGUCGCUCCUCCUGUCUCCUGCGGUAACAGCAAGAGGAACAGGCUGUUGCUGCGGCGUCACUCGGUGCAGUUUGAGUAGAACAGGGGAGAAGGAGGGAUCAUUUAGGAUUUUAGAGGUGCUUUUCUCCCUCUAUGACAGCAAAUGUUUAAUCAAUCAGACUGUCAUGACACUUGAUUUGGAGAAACUCUGAACCAAACUCUUUAAAAAUCAUCUCCAAAAACCUAAAAACUGAAGAAUAGAAACUACUACAAGAUGAUUCAGCUGAUUCCUCUGAGCAGGACUGUAAAUAAACUGAUAAACAACAUUAGUUUAUUAGAAAGAACUUGUUUUUUUGAUGCUUUUGCUGGUGUUGUGGUCCACUCACCAAAUUCUCAGCCAAGUCUGAGUCCAAAUAAUCAAUGAAGAAUCCAAGUCAAACUCUAGCAGAGUCCUCAAAACUUGAGUCCAAGUCAAGUCCCAGUGCAGAAAUUAAUUAAUGGUUCCUGUUUGUGCCCUGCAGGGAAAUGUUCAUGUGUGGACGCUCAAUGCCAGCCUUUACUCAGAACUGUGAUUCAGUCUGAGUCCUCCUCUCUGUUUUCAAAUGCAGUUGAUGCUCGAGUCCAAGUCUGAGUCACGAAAAUCAGAACUCGAGCUGGACUUACAGCAACACUUGCUUUUCAAAGAGUUCACAUCCUUCAAAAUGUUAAUUCAAUAUGCAUGUAAAUCUGUGCCAACCAUACCUGUGACCAGAGCAAAGCUUUGAUUGAAAUCAAUCAAAACUGCCGUAAGGAAUGCUCAACAG